AAUUCCCUCUAAAAGUCAGGAGCAAGUGUUCAUUUAAGAAUUUCCCUGGGUUUGUUGUGCUGCGCCUGGGAACUGUGUGUGCUGUGCUGGCAGUGAUGCGCAGAGUCCUUGCAUUGUGCCACAGCUGGGAGGCGCUCUGCGUUUCAUGUGUCAACCUAUCCACUUGGUCUGGGCUUGGCUUAACGAAGGCAUUGUAAAAAGUUACACACUUAUCACAGGUUCACUUAGUGCCAUGGUCAUUGUGAGGCAAUUGUGGGUCAAAAGGUAGGCCUCUGAAUGUAAUAUCUCAGAUAGAGGAUUGUCUCACCACCAGGGAACUAUAAUAUCUCAGAUAGAUUGUUGUAUGUCUCUCUACCAGUGAACUAUAAUAUUUUUGAUAAAUUCUUGUAUGUCUCACCACAAGUGGUCUUCCUCCUGUUGUAAUAGAUGAGACCAACUGCACCAAAGACCACCCCCAGCACCAGCCCAGAUGGCUAUCUUUCUCCUCUCAGACUCUGAGUUAGAAUGGCUCAAGUUACAGUCACAAAACAAACACACAUCUCUAACAUACAUACAACCACACUUAAAUCAUGCAGAGUUGUGUCUGGGAUGAAAUAAAAGUAUCUCUGAAAUGGUGAACCACAUUAAUAUGAGCUCUUUGAUUCCAUACUUCACUAUUUCUUUAGUUCCUUUCUCCCUUACCACAGAAAUUCCAGUCAGUCACUCAGUUUGCUUCCUUACUUCCUUACCCUAGCCAUUUUGAGUCACACUUGCCUGCUUGUUUCCAUAUGUGGGAACUCCUUCAAGACUGUUGGAAAAGCAUUCUUCAUGAAGCUGGUUGAGAGAAUGCCAAGAGUGUGCAAAGCUGUCAUGAGGCCAAAGGGUGGCUACUUUGAAAAAUCACAAAUAUAAAAUAUAUUUGGAUUAAUUUCACACCUUUUGGGGGGGUUACUACAUGACUCCAAAUGCGUUAUUUCAUAGUUUUGAUGUCUUCACUAUUAUUCAGUCCCUCCAGGGUUUCGCACAAUUUUUUUGUGUGAUUUCUGAAUGCCAAAAAUGCUUGAUUUUGCAGUAGCUGUUGUGAAAUUCUGCAAUAUAUUUGGAAAUGUUUUUUUUUACAUUAAUUUCAUAAAGUCAUAUGUGCUCAGUUUAAUAAAAAUAAAUAAUAUAUUUAAACACAAAACCUUUAUGGUUCAUUCAUGUUUUUUUCUCACCAGAUGGACACUUUAUCACCAUCCUCGACCUUUGUUAUUCCAGAGGGGAAGAUCCACACGAUGUGGAGUACAUCUGGAGAGCUAUUUCAGACCUGGUGAAGGUCAUGGAAUACAACAGCAGUCUCAAUAGACUGGUUACACACCCAUUGGGAUUCAUAAGGCUCAGCAAUUAAACACCAGUCCCGUGGUCCUGGCAUCGGUUCAAACUCCACUUCAUUUCUUCUGCAAACAUUAUGGUGCCGUCGCCUACGAGGCUGGAGUAAACAACAACGGUAAGCAGUUCUAUGGAGAGCAAUGGUGGGAAGAAAAGAGAUUUCAGAAAUUGAUUAUUGAUUAUUACAUGAGUUAUGUUUGGGUUUGACAAGUUAGGGAACUUCCAGAAAGAAACCUGUCUGUGCUGUUCUUAUCUAACUCGCACCAUCCCAGGGUGGAAUCUUGCGGAGUUUGUUUUGAGGGAAUAAAAGAGAACUAGCUCGGGUAUCAGUCUUGACACAACAAAGCCACCUCAAUUGACUCCAUCUAAAAUGACACUUACUAAAGCUUAUAGGUGGAACACAUUGACACCCAAGCUAGAAAGGGAACUGACCCGUAUAUAGAUAUACAACCUUAGUGGACAUGUCCAUACCUGUCCAUUCCUGUCCAUUCCUGUCCAUUCCUGUCCAUUGUCCAUUGAAAAACACCAAGAAGUAGAAAACAAAAUAAUAGUGUUUUAUUAUAUUAUUUUCCCCUCUCAGUUGAGCCCUCCGUUCAUCUGUCCAUGACGCCCCACGGUGACAGACACCCCUCCAUGUUGAAGUGCAGUGCCUACAAGUACUACCCAAAACAGAUCAGGGUGACCUGGUUGAGGAAUGGACAGGAAGUGCCCUCAAACAUGACUUCCUCUGAGGAGCUAGCCAAUGGCGACUGGCACUAUCAAAUCCACUCCUACCCGGAGUACACUCCCACGCCUGGAGAGAAUAUCUACUGCAUGGUGGAGUACGCCAGCUUCACUGAACCAAAGAUCCUCCACUGGGACAUGUCUCUGCCAGAGUCUGAGAGGAGCAAGAUAGCCAUCGGGGCGUCUGGGCUGGUGCUGGGGCUGGUCUCUGCAGCAGCUGGUCUCCUCUACUACAACAGGAGGAAGAUAGCCAUCGGAGCGUCUGGGCUGGUGCUGGGGCUGGUCUCUGCAGCAGCUGGUCUCCUCUACUACAACAGGAGGAAGAUAACCAUCGGAGCGUCUGGGCUGGUGCUGGGCGUGGUCUCUGCAGCAGCUGGUCUCCUCUACUACAACAGGAGGAAGAUAACCAUCGGAGCGUCUGGGCUGGUGCUGGGGGUGGUCUCUGCAGCAGCUGGUCUCCUCUACUACAACAGGAGGAAGACCACUGGUGGUGAUGGGAUGGAACUGGUGCCAACAAGUCACACAUCCCAGUGAUCUCUGUGACUACACAUCCCAGUGAUCUCUCAGUGACUACACAUCCCAGUGAUCUCUCAGUGACUACACAUCCCAGUGAUCUCAGUGACUACACAUCCCAGUGAUCUCUGUGACUACACAUCCCAGUGAUCUCUGUGACUACACAUCCCAGUGAUCUCAGUGACUACACAUCCCAGUGAUCUCUGUGACUACACAUCCCAGUGAUCUCUGUGACUACACAUCCCAGUGAUCUCUGUGACUACACAUCCCAGUGAUCUCUCAGUGACUACACAUCCCAGUGAUCUCUCAGUGACUACACAUCCCAGUGAUCUCUCAGUGACUACACA